AUGACCAAAGUUUUUGCAUUGCCAUCUGCGAUGGAUACGAGUCUUAAUGGUACAUGGACUAGUGGAAAUGGUGACGUGGUCACCGGUCAGGACUUUUACAAUCUCGUUAAUAAAACAUUCAAUGUACCAAAAACGACCGGGAUUUCGUACAGCUUCCUAUCUACAAAUGAAACGUCUGGGUUCUGGGAGCAGGCUUUGUAUCAAUAUUCCCGGAAUGAUGGCCCAGACUGCUAUACCCUCCAGCUCGUUUGGCAACAUGGAAACUACACGAUUCACCCUAACAACUCCAUUACACUCGAUCCGUUCAAAGCUGAUGGAUUGCAGCAAUUUACCAAUACAUGUAACCAUGAUAAAGAUCGGGUUGAAUACUAUGCGCAACAGGAAUUUAUGCAAGGUUUCGAUAUCACGACAUACAAGCACCUUCUCGCAGACGACGCACAAUGGUCCUACAAACUCCAACUGUACAACUACGAUGGUUCACUUAAGACACCCAUGUAUCUAGCGUACCGUCCGGCUCUCAUGUUUCCACCCUCACCCUUGCAUAUGACUAUGAUCGGAUUCAAUGAUGAAUGA